GCGGGGCUCGGGAGGGAAGGGGCGGGGCCUGCGGGGUGAUGGCCGCGGGUGUCGCCUCCGCCGCCUCAGCAGGAACAACCGAAGUCGCCGCCGCGGUCGCCUGCGUCGCUGACCGUCCGCGGUCUGGUUCGGCCGCGGCCCGCAGCCAUGGAGGACUUCAUCGUGAUCUCGGACGACAGCGGCUCUGAGAGCUCCGCGGGGACCCGCUCGGGCCGGGCGCGGAGGCUCCGCCGGGCCCUGUCCCGGACCGCCGGCGCCCUUCCCCGCCGGACCGUGGUAUUGUUCCAACAUCAUUUAUUGAAUUAUCUAUCCUUUUUACCGAGUGGUUUGAAAUAUUACCUUUAUCAAAUGGACUUCAUUGACUUAACUAGAGAAGCCAGACCAAGGACAAAGGAUCGCAAUGGACUCUGUGUGAUUGACCUGACAAGAACUGAGGACGAAAAUAGCCCUAUUGCCACUCUUGACUUGACUCUAGAAUCUGUUGCUCCUUCCCAGAAGGAGCCAACCAGUCCUCAGACAUGUGCCAGCCUCUCCAGCAAAGAGGUGAUGAACAGAAGCUCUCGGCCUGCAGCACAGAGAAUCAUUAACAGCGAUCCUGUGGAUUUGGACCUUUUGGAAGAAAACAUGUUUGAGGGUCCCCAACUCCCUGUGUCCAUCAGUGGAGAUUCUGUUCAUCCAGCAGAGCCAAAUUGCAGCUCAACCACAUUCAAAGGUGACCUUGGUUUCUUGGCAAGCCUACAGCUGUCUUCAGACGUUCACUCCUCCCUAACAAGCAAUAAUGGUAGCAGCAGCAAUCAGAGGGCACCCUUGCCAUGCACACAGCAAGAUGUACCUUGCCCACCACAAGCCCUGCCAUGCCUACUGCAAGCCUUGCCAUGCCCACUGCAAGCCUCACCAUGUCCACCACGAGCCUCCUCAUGCCCGCCACGAGCCUUGUCAUGCCCGUCACAAACCAUGCAGUGCCAACUACAAGCUUUGUCUCACUUGCCUCAAGAAGUGCCAUGCCCUUCUCAAGAUGUGCCAUAUUCUCAGAAUGUGCCAUGCCCCCAGCAGAAUAUGCCAAACUCACCUCAAGACUCAUCAUGGCAUCCUCAAUACUCAUUAAGUUCACCUCAAGACUUACUCUGCCCACCUCAAGAUAUCCUAGGUCCAUCUCAAAACAUAGCAUAUCCACAAGAUGUAGCAUACCUGCAAGACAUGCCACGGUCACUGGAAGACGUGCCACAGUCACCAGCAGACCUGCCACAGUCACUAGGAGGCAGGCCACAGUCGCCAGGAGACGCUCCACAGUCACCAGGAAGUGUGCCACAUUCAUCUGGAGAAGCUUCCCACUUACCAGGAGAUGUGCUAUGUUCACUUGGAGACAUACCACACUUGCCAAGAGACUCACCACAGUCACCUGGAGACUUGCCUCAGUUACCACAUGACAGGCCUGACUCUCCCCAAAAUGAUGUAAAGAACUGUGACACUCCUAUGGAUUUCUCAGCUCCAUCUUCUCCAAUGUCCCCUCCCAGCCCACAGUCUCCACAGUCUGAAACUUCCUUAGAGAGAGUUCCUUGGCUCUCUGUCACAGAAACUCCAGCCAGAAAAGAGAUAUCACUGCCAGAGCCUGCCAACCCAGGGCCUGCCCAGGUACAAGCACAACCACCACAAGGUGGGUUGUACAACAGACCAUGUCUGCAUAGACUGAAGUAUUUCUUACGACCUCCAGUGCAUCACCUUUUCUUCCAGACACUAAUACCAGACAAAGAAACAAGAGAGUGCAAGGGUCAAAAAUUAGAACCCAUCCCUCAUCGAAGACUAAGAAUGGUAGCAAACACCAUUGAAGAAAACUUUCCCCUGGGGACUGUGCAGUUUCUGAUGGACUUUGUGUCACCCCAGCAUUACCCACCCAAAGAGAUUGUGGCUCACAUCAUCCAGAAAAUCCUGCUCAGUGGCUCUGAGACCGUGGAUGUCCUAAAGGAGGCCUACAUGCUUCUCAUGAAAAUUCAACAGCUACAUCCAGCUAACGCCAAGACAGUAGAGUGGGACUGGAAGCUGCUCGCUUAUGUCAUGGAGGAAGAGGGACAAAAUCUGCCUGGACGAACCUUUUUUCUUCGUUACGUAGUACAGACUCUGGAAGACGACUUCCAGCAGAUCCUGAGGAAGCAACGACAGCACCUGCAGCAAUCCAUUGCGAGCACUGUGCUGUCCUGUGACAAGCAGCCCCACAACGUCAGGGAUGUUAUAAAGUGGUUGGUCAGAGUAGUAACUGAAGAUGGAUUAACACAGUCCCCAAAUGGGAGUCAGACCUCUUCAAGAACAGGAAUCUUGAAGACCAGCAGUAACCUCCCUUCUCCCCAGCCUAACCUGACAAAGAACACCAAUCAGCUGGUUGUGUGCCAACUGCAGAGGAUGCUGUCCAUAGCCGUGGAGGUGGACAGGACCCCCACCUGCAGCUCCAAUAAAAUUGCUGAGAUGAUGUUUGGGUUUGUGCUGGACAUUCCUGAGAGGAGUCAAAGAGAGAUGUUCUUUACUACCAUGGAAAGCCACCUUCUGCGCUGCAAAGUGUUGGAAAUCAUAUUCCUCCACAGCUGCGAGACACCCACUCGCCUGCCCUUGUCUCUGGCACAGGCACUCUACUUUCUGAACAAUUCCACAUCGCUGCUCAAGUGUCAGUCAGAUAAAACCCAUUGGCAGACAUGGGAUGAACUAGUUGAGCAUCUGCAGUUUCUGUUAUCCAGUUACCAACAUGUUUUAAGAGAGCACUUACGGAGUUCAGUGAUCGAUCGCAAAGACUUAAUCAUCAAAAGGAUUAAGCCCAAGCCCCAGCAAGGAGAUGACAUCACAGUGAUGGACGUGGAGAAGCAGAUCGAGGCCUUUCGCAGCCGCCUGAUCCAGAUGCUGGGGGAGCCGCUCGUCCCACAACUCCGAGACAAAGUGCACUUGUUGAAGCUCCUGCUCUUCUAUGCUGCAGACUUGAACCCUGAUGCAGAACCUUCUCCAAAGAACUGGAGCAGCCCCUGAGGUCCUUUGAAGCACUGACACACCAAGAAUACCUCCCAAACUCUAUCUCCAACUACUCGGAAGUUCUGAAAGUAUGGAACAGUAGUUAAAAAUCUUACAGGACCAAACCUCUUAUUUAUCUGUAGGUUAUAACAACUUUCUAACUCAUUCAUUAGUAAAUAUCUUUUUUUUAUAUCCUCUCCUAGCCCAUUCCCAAAUAGGGCUUAAAUAUAUAAGUGUAUAUAUUUUUUAAUAAAUUAUUUAUCUAUA